GGUAAUGAUCUAGAUCACAUAUGUCAGAGUCAAGGCCCGCGGGCCACAUCCGGCCCGCGGGAAAGUUUUUUACGGCCCCUGGGAUGAUCUUGAUUUAUUAUUAGAACCGGCCCGCAGACCGCAGCAAGCCGGCAGCCCGCAGAUCUUUUACACGCACCAAUACUACAUUUCCCACAAUGCAACGGUGACGCACCGAGCAGUAGGCUGCUUCAUUUCAAUAUUUAUUGGCACAGCAGUCGUCAGCAUCACAGUAAAAUUAACUUUCAGAUACCCAUCAAAAAUGGCAAAACGGAAGGUGGACACUGAGAACCGGGGGUUUCAAACAAGGUGGGAGUCGGAGUAUAUGUUCACGGAGGUAGCUGGAAAACCUGUGUGUCUUCUGUGUGGAGAAAGUGUGGCGGUACUGAAAGAGUAUAAUCUGAGACGACAUUAUGAAACGAAACACGCGGACAAAAACAAGAAUAUGGACAUGGAACAAAGGCUACAAAAGGCAGAGGAAUUAAAACGAGGCCUCAAAUCUCGACAGGAUCUGUUCAAAAAAGCCAAAUCACAAGGCCAGGCUGCUGUCAAGGCCAGUUUUAUUUUGGCAGAAGAGAUCGCUAAAUCAGCCCGGCCAUUUACGGAGGGGGAUUUCAUCAAAAACUGCAUGAUUAAAGUUUGUGACGAAGUUUGCCCAGAAAAAAGGCAACUCUUUUUAAAUGUGAGUCUGAGCAGAAAUACCAUUGCCGAGAGAGUAGACCAGUUGUCCAUCAAUCUAAAAGAGCAGCUUGUGAAAAAGGGAAAAGAUUUCAUUGCAUAUUCCUUGGCCGUGGAUGAGAGCACCGACAUUUCUGACAUUGCCCAGUUGUCAAUUUUCAUCCGCGGAGUGGACUCCAGCCUAAGCGUGACAGAGGAGUUUUUGGCUUUACGUCCUAUGCAUGGCACAACUACGGGGCAUGAUUUGUAUGAAGAGGUGUCAAGAUGUGUAAAUGAGAUGGAGCUGCCUUGGGAAAAACUCGUGGGUUUGACAACCGACGGAGCACCUGCGAUGUGUGGACACAGAAGCGGACUGGUGGCGAAGAUACGGGAAAAGAUGCAAGAGGAAAACGCGACAGGUGAGCUGACAGCUUAUCAUUGUAUCAUACACCAGGAAGCGUUGUGCGGUAAAGCCUUGAAAAUGGAGCAUGUAAUGAGCAUCAUCACGCGCACAGUUAACUUUAUCAGAGCCAAAGGUUUGAAUCACCGCCAGUUCAAGGCAUUUCUGACGGAGUUAGAAACGGAGCAUGGUGAUUUGCCUUAUCACACAGAGGUGCGAUGGCUAAGCCAGGGAAAGGUGCUUCAAAGAUGUUUCGAGCUUCGUGAGGAGAUUUGUCUGUUCUUGGACAGCAAAGGGAAAGACACAACACAACUCCGAGACGAAAUGUUUCUGUGUGAAAUGGCUUUUCUGUGUGACAGUACGAGUCAUCUGAAUGCAAUGAACUUGCAGCUGCAGGGUCGGGAUCGUGUCAUCUCUGAUAUGUACAGUACAGUGAAGGCAUUUAAAACCAAACUGACUCUGUGGGAGACGCAGAUGCGGAAAGAAAAUUUGAGCCACUUUCCCAGCUGCCAGACCAUGAAAGAGAAGCUCUCUACCAGUGCGUUCCCGAGCGCACAGUUGGCUGAUAAAAUAGGUAUGCUUGCCGCUGACUUUCGACGCCGAUUUGCUGACUUUGAAGCACAAAAAAGCAGGUUGGAACUGCUCGGUAACCCAUUUGCUGUUGACGUGGAAAGCUCACCACCAAACCUCCAAAUGGAGUUGAUUGACCUCCAAUGCAAUGAUGCACUGAGGGCAAAAUAUGCGGCAGUGGGUGCUGCGGAGUUCGCCCGUUUCCUCCCCGACACAAUGCCCCAGCUGCGCAUCCAGGCUGCUCAAACGUUGUCUAUGUUUGGCAGCACAUACCUGUGUGAACAACUGUUUUCUUUGAUGAACCUGAACAAAACAUCACACAGAAGUCGACUUACUGCUGAACACCUCCACUCAAUUCUGAGGAUUUCCUCAGCUCAGAGCCUUACCCCGAACAUUGAUGAACUUGUGGAAAAGAUGGGACACCACCAAGUAUCACCCUCAACCUCAAACAAGUGAACAUUACUGUGCAAUCACAUAUUUAGAGUUUUUACUCAGUUCAAGUUUAAAAGUUAAAGUUUAAUAUUUGUUUUCACUCCAUGU